AUGGCCACCGCAAUCGGGGACAUCAAUGUGGAGGCCGCUGGCACCGAGAUCGGACAGCAGGCAGCCAGACGGCUCACAGAGGUGAACGAGUCUGGUGACACCCCUGAAGACCCGAACACGAUUGGGCAGCCCGUCACUGCCGCCCCGGCAUCACCACCCCAUGCAACACUAAGGCCGGCAUCUGAAGGCCAUACAGCACCUGCCCAGACCGCACCAGAGCCAAACAACAACACGUUUGAACAGGACGGUAUGCCGCCAUCCACUCUUGCUCCACACGAUGAGGACACAACGGGCGACACAACGCUAGCCCCGGACUCGGUGGUAUCUCCCCGUGUUCCACCUACCGUUUUCAACGAAGAGUCGGCGAGUGGCCCCACCCCACCUCCCGAAGUUUUGCAUCUGCCUUCCCCGCUACCUGAUCAUGUCGGAUCUCCACCGCCCCGCGUGCCCAUUGUGAGCCGCGAGGAGCCCGUCCCCCAUCCCGUGCUGCCCCCGUCUGGUCAUGACCAGUACGCUGAGGCUGUGGAUGGCUUGGCCCCACCCCGUCCCUCUCCGAUUGCCUGCCCCCCCUCAGCCGACUCGGCGGGUAUUGCUCCGAUGACCCCUCCUGUGGACUGUGAGCUCACUCCCCAACUCAGGGGUGUGGAGUACGUGCUUGGCGCCAACUGCCUCCUGCCAGUCACCAACUGCACUAGCUGUCUGCAGCCAUAA